CGUGUAACCUUAGCAUUUGAGGCGCAAGCUCAGUACCUUGAAGCCCGCCAAACAUGUGAGAGCAACAACAUCACCUCAAAAAUACAUUUAAAAGAAAACGAGUAACCUCAUCGAAACAUGUGAUAGAUUUUAAAUAAAUACUAAAAGGUGAUGAGAUGCGGCAAAUUCCUCGCGAAAGUCAGAAGCGUUCUGGCCUUAAUCGCUUUUACCACCCUAUUAGUACCAAUAAUUAUUUUAUUAAAUCGUCGACCGUCGAUUUUAACAAGAAAUUAUCAACAAAUUAAUUUUCAAAUAACUACCAGAAUACCGGGAAGUUUUUUAAAAAAUUAUCCUGUUUCAAAUCAAAGUUUUUGUAAAUUUAAUUAUGGUUUACCAGAAAAGUUUAAUUAUAAGAAAGAAGAUAUUAAAUUUGGUGCUGAAUUAGGUGAAAAAGGUGCGUAUAGAGUGGUUUAUAAUGUGAUUGAUGCAAGAAAAAGUAGUUUGCUUACCGUUCCCUUGACGUAUGCCUCUCACGCCAGCAUUGAAUUUGUAAACUACAUCUCAGAAAUUGCAAUAAAAUGGGACGGCCCCAUAAGUUUGGCGAUGUUUGUACCAGACGCCGACGCCGAAAUCGCCAUCAACCAGUUGGUAACAUUAUGUCAAUGUCUUCCAGACAUGUCGAGAGUGUCAGUUCAUUUUAUCUUCCCCUUGAAACAUCCUCCAUAUAUUCCAUCAUUAUCAUCUUCUUCCAAAAAUACUUUUACACCAAUAACUUCUUGUUCCCUUAAAGACACCUCAACUCAAAUAACUUUUCGCUCAAGAAAUCAGCUUCCAUAUCCAGUUAACGUAUGUAGAAAUUCCGCAAAACUCGCAGCAAAAACUCAAUUCAUUUUGGUUAGCGAUGUUGAAUUGAUACCAAGUGACCAGCUUGCAACAAAAUUCUUCCUUAUGGUCAACCAAUUGAAAGAGAAAAAACGCGUCGAGAAUCCGUCCGCCGUUUAUGUCGUUCCAGUCUUCGAAAUUGAACGAUACGAAAAGAUUCCUGGGAGUAAAAGUGAAUUAUUGGAAUUGAUUAAGGAUGAAAAAGCCGUUUAUUUUCAUAGACAUAUUUGUUUUCAUUGCCAAAAAUUUCCUGGGUUACAACAUUGGUUACAAAAUGAUCCUGGUGAUAUUAUAAAACCAUUAACAGUUACUAAAAGAGAAUAUCCUCUUCAUAGAUGGGAACCUAUUUAUAUAGGUCGUAAAACGGAUCCUUUAUAUAGUGAAGCUUUAUCUUGGGAAGGAAAACAAGAUAAAAUGACACAGAUGUUGGAAAUGUGCCUUAUCGGAUAUAAAUUUGUGAUUUUGGACGGCGCGUUUUUAGUCCAUUGGCCAGGUAUCAAAAGGAAGUCAAUCGAAAUGAAAUUGCGCAAUAAAUGGCGCUCCCCUUAUCUAUUGCAGAAUUCAAGACAAUACAGCGUCAUUAUUAAUGAAUUGUUCAACAAGCACAAGAAAACGAAAAACACAAAAUGUUGAAACUAAUAAUAAAACAUAACGCUUUAAAUAAUAAUUAAUAAGUAAUAGUAGCAAAUAAGUAGUAGCCGCAUUUUACGGUUUGCCUAAAAUAAAAACGUCAAUUUUUCAAAAAAGUUAAAUCAAUUUUUGAGUAAA